CCAAGAAGUGCAGUCCUCAUCAGCUCAGUGCUUCAGUACCACAAUACUCCUGGAUGCCGCAUAAGAGGGAAACAGAGAGAGAGAGAGCCAGUGAGGCAGCCCCGGAUCUUGACUUCUUCGUACAGGCUGUAUCCACUGUCCUGUCCCGUUUUGGUGCAGAGUGUCGCGUGGUAGUGUAUGGUGGAGGUGGUACCGGGUGUCAUGCACGCAUGGAGACGCUCCGAGUAGGAUAAUAAGAAGAGACAGCUGCGUAGGGACCUGCUACGGAGGCUCUGUCCGGAGUCGCCCGCGGUUUUGACCUCCCUCAGUCGGCCUUGCAUGGAGGACACACCAUGGCGACGUUUGUGUGCAGGGUGCAGUUUUUAGAUGAUACUGAUCCAUUCAACAGCACCAACUUUCCGGAGCCCAGCAGACCUCCAGUGUACACAUUCAGGGAAGAUAUUCCUCUCAUCAAUCAGAUUGCUGGAGUGCACAGGCUGCUAAGAGCCCCGCAUAAGCCUGAUGACUGUGCACUUCAGUUGUCUCAUAAUGGAAGCUAUCUGGACUUGGAGUCGACGCUGGCAGAGCAAAAAGACGAAUUGGAGGGAUUUCAAGAGGAAGGAGGAAGAGGCAGAAAACACAACCUCAUACUUCGAACGCAGCUGUCAGUCAGAGUUCACGCUUGCAUUGAAAAACUCUACAACUCCACUGGAAGGGAGCUGAGAAGAGCCCUCUUUUCCCUCAAGCAAAUCUUUCAGGAUGACAAAGAUCUAGUGCAUGAGUUUGUGGUUGCUGAGGGACUGACGUGCCUGAUCAAAGUGGGUGCUGAAGCUGACCAAAACUACCAGAAUUACAUCCUCAGAGCUCUUGGACAGAUCAUGCUUUUUGUUGAUGGCAUGAAUGGCCUCAUUGCUCAUAAUGACACAGUCCAAUGGCUCUACACCCUUGUUGGAACAAAGUUCCGUCUGGUGGUGAAGACGGCCCUGAAGCUCUUGUUGGUAUUCGUGGAGUACACAGAGUCAAAUGCGGCCCUGUUCAUUAAGGCCGUGAACGCUAUAGAUGCCAAAAGAGGCACAAAACUAUGGGGAAACAUCAUGGAGAUCCUGAAUGAGAAGGAUGGAGUAGAUACCGAAUUGCUGGUGUAUGCAAUGACGCUCAUCAACAAGACUUUGGCCGGUCUGCCAGAUCAAGACUCUUACUACGACAUGGUGGAUUGUUUGGAGGAACAGGGUAUCGAGGCCUUGACAAAGAGACACCUAAGUAGGAAGGGCUCUGACCUUGACCUUGUAGAGCAGUUAAACAUCUACGAGACGACUCUGCGCCGCGAGGAUGGUGACGAUGAAACACAGUUGCCUCCAAGCGGCAGGAAGGCGCGCCGGCGGGCGAGCAUGAGCGGCACCAAUGAGCGGCGUGGGCUAGAGCGACGACGAAGCCGCAGACAUUCGCUUCAAAACAAUAAAGGUCAAGACUCGGCGCUAGCAUCGCCGUGUGGUCCUCGUGGAAGCAGCUACCUGCCGUUUGGUGGCCAACAUGAUGAAGACAUCAGUGAAAGAGAUGAGGAAGAGGAGGAUGAGGAGGAUGAAGGAGAGGAGGAUUUGGAGGAGGAGGAGGCAGAUGAUGAGAGUCCUCCAGUCACCGAGUCCUCUAGGCAGGACGGUCACAGUAUGACAGAAACAUCUAACACGCUUAGAAAGACUUGCUGGGCUGAAAGGGUUACUUCUAAUGGAGCUCUACAUUCUGGCACAUCCAGCCAUCGCUUUACGAGCACAGCAGCCUGCACACCAGAAUCUAAAACUGACAGACCUGCUUUAGGAGGCCUGCUGAGUUCCUCAUACAGGCAGCAUCAAGAGUCUCUGGCUGCAGAGAGGGAAAGGAGGCGCGCAGAACGAGAGGAGCGUCUGCAGCGGAUCGAAAGGGAGGAGAGGGACCGCUUUAAUCGAGACUACAUUGAUAAAAGGGAAGAAGCAAGACAAGCCAGAGAGGAAAGGUACAAGGCCGUGGAGAGGCAAGCAGCCGAGGAGUUUGAGCGAGAGCGGCCCAGAGUGCCUGUAAGAGGACGUACGGAGAUAACGCUGUGUUUGAGUUCCAAUCCCGCCAUCCGCUCGGCGUCCCGCUGUGUGACCACUUCGUCUAUCGCAUCACAAGAAGAUAAGACCCCAAAUGCUCAGCAGAAGACAGGAACGGAAACAAUCCCGGAAUCAAAACUUGACUCUCCAACAAGAACAAAAAGUCCAACAUCAGAAUCAACAAGAUCAGAACUUUGUCCUUCACCUCCCUCGCAACCAAAUAUGGCUGUGAAAGAGCCGCCAGAAGACUCUGAGGAUGUUUCUGACAUUCAACCAGUUCAGAAUGUAGUUGUCGAGCCAGAAGGGUGUGAAGAGGGAGGAGUGGACAAUGAAGAAAGACAGGAAGAGGGGAACCUUGUAGAGCAAGAACAGUAUGAGACUGAGGGAGAAGGAGAAGAGCAGGUGAAUAUGGUGGAAGUGGCUGAUGAAGCACAGGACUCUAGUAUAGCAGUAGUGGAUUUAGAAGAUGUUGAGUUAGAGGAGAAUUGUAUGAGGGUUCCCAUUAUAGAGAGGGAUGUCGAAGAAAGUAUAGUGUUAAGCGAGAAAGAGAGACAGAAUGAGGAAGUGAAUGAAAAGGACAACUGCUCAGCCUCCAGCAUCUCCUCCACUAGCAGCACUUUGGAGAGAGAAGAGCGUGAGGACAAAGUCAAAAAUGACAUCGAAGCAGGCCAGUGGAGCCAGUGCAUCGAAGACACAGAAGAGAACAACAUCCUCAACAACAAGCGCUUUAUGCUGGACAUGCUCUACGCUCACACAUCAAACAAGGAGGCUGACAUCACAGGAGGAAAGACGGAGAAAGAAACUCAAUGUAAAUGUGAAAAAGACACAGAGGUGACAGACCCCUCUGUGGUGAGUGUGGCUAGCAGGAACUCCACAUUGGAGGCUCACAGGCAAGCCAAAGAAGAAAAUGUGAAGAAACUAGAGGUGGGCAACAUGGAAAAGCAGGGUACUGUACGGGCUGUGGCAGAGAAACUUGGUGAUUUAGUUAAAGUUUUGACAUCUACUGAAGCAGAGAUGUCUGUGGAACUACAACACACUUUGUGUGAGAAACCUCCAGUCAGCAUGACUUCAGUCCAGAAGAAAGAAUCGGACCAAAUUUGGGACCAGCUCAUGGCCGCGCCCCGUGAGCUACGCAUCAAGGAAAUCGAUUUCACUGACCUGCGGGACGAGGAUGACAUAGAUAUUUUAGAUAUGGACACUAUGAUGAGUUCUGGUGAUCUUCUCCCGCCACCGCCUCCUCCUCCUCUGUGCAAUGCUGCUCUACCGCCACCCCCGCCACCUCCCAUCCUCGGCAAGAUGAUACGUCCCCCUCCACCUUUCAUGCCGCCUCCUUCCCCUCAGCUGAAUCGAGCGGAAGUACCUUUGUUCCUCAAGAAGAAAAAGACUAUUCGGCUCUUCUGGAAUGAGGUGCGCCCCAUGGAAUGGCAGUGCAAGACCCAUAAGUUCUGCAAGGAGUCCCUUUGGUCCAAACUAGAGCCACUUAAACUGGACACAUCCAAGCUGGAGCAGCUGUUUGAGUCUAAAUCCAAGGAGCUGCCUGUUACUAAGAAAGCAGCAGUUGAUGGCAAAAGACAAGAAAUCAUAGUCCUUGAUUCCAAACGCAGCAACGCCAUAAACAUCGGUUUAACUGUCUUACCUCCUCCUCGCACAAUCAAGACCGCCAUUCUCAACUUUGAUGAGUAUGCACUGAACAAAGAAGGUAUUGAGAAAAUCCUGACCAUGAUCCCCACAGAGGAAGAGAAGCAGAGGAUCCAAGAGGCUCAACUGCUCAAUCCCGAUAUUCCCUUGGGCAGCGCUGAGCAGUUUCUCCUCAUCCUCUCCUCCAUCACCGAACUCUCGGCCCGUCUGCAGCUGUGGGCCUUCAAGAUGGAUUAUGAGCUUAUUGAAAAGGAAGUUGCAGAACCCCUCCAGGACCUUAAGGAAGGAAUGGACCAACUGGAGAAAAACACAACCCUCCGCUAUAUCUUGACCACACUGUUAGCCAUCGGCAACUUCCUUAAUGGCACUAAUGCCAAAGGCUUUGAGCUGAGUUACCUCGAGAAAGUCCCUGAGGUAAAGGACACGGUUCACAAACAGUCUCUGCUACACCACACCUGCGCCAUCGUGGUGGAAAAGUUUCCAGACAGUUCUGAUCUCUACUCUGAGAUUGGAGCCAUCACCCGCCUCACCAAGGUGGACUUUGACCAACUCCAAGACAAUCUGGCUCAAAUGGAGAGAAGGUGCAAGGCAUCUUGGGAUCACCUAAAAGUCAUCUCCAAACAUGAGAUGAAACCAGCACUAAAAGCAAAAAUGUCCGACUUCCUCAAAGAUUGCGCUGAGAGGAUUAUUAUUCUAAAGAUCGUACAUAGGAGGAUAAUCAACAGAUUUCACGCCUUCCUAUUGUUUCUGGGCCAUCCAGUAUACGGCGUCCGCGAUGUCAGCAUUCAUCGCUUUAGUAAAAUCCUCAGUGAAUUUGCACUGGAGUACCGCACAGCAAGGGAGCGCGUGUUGCAGCAGAAACAGAAGAGGGCCAACCAUCGUGAAAGGAACAAGACCAGAGGAAAAAUGAUAACAGAUAGCGUAAAAUUUGGCGGGGCCCAGCCCGAUGCACCCGAGAGCCAGCCCCAGGGUAUUCAAUAUGCGGAGGACGCAGCCGAGCACGAGAACAUGAAGGCCGUGCUGAAGGGCGGCGUGCAGAAGGGUGGCGUGCAGGGCGGCGAGAGCGAGACGUCCACGGUGCCGGGCCUGCGUUCCCGCACGCGAGCUAGCAGCUCAAGAACACGUGUGCCUCCGUGGUGCAUCGCUAACGACGAUGCUAUUAACUGUAUGGAUGACACGGCCGAUGAGAUCAUGGAGCGAAUCGUACGCUCGGCCACUCAGGGGCCCGGCCAGAGGUCACAACCUCGAGAGAGGCGACGCUCCCGAGUCAAUCGCAAAUCACUGAGGAGGACGCUGAAGAGCGGUUUGACAUCGGAGGAGGCCAAUGUCCUGGGCUUGUCGGGUGCUUCCGACAUGCAAGUAUGAACAACACUUGAGGACACGCAUUCAAAGCUCCUCGCCUUACCUCUGGCACGACAUGGACGACUUGUAUCUGCUUCCUUGGGAAGUAAAGCCAAGCGUUGCAUUGAGACCACUGAGCUUCACUACUCCUGCAUCGCAUGACCCCAAAGCGUUAGCACCCAAAGCCAAAGCACCCUGUGUGCUUGUGUGCAAGCGUGUUCUCUAGUGGUCAAAGUGAGAGGAACGAGUUCAAAGAUGUCACCUGCGUGUGUACAAUUACUACUGUGCUACUUCAGCAUCUGACUAAUGCCUUGCACUCUAGGUGAUCGUUUGCCGAUCAAAAGCAUUUAAAACACUACACAAAAAAUCAAAUUAAAUCAUACAGGUUGAGAAGUAAAAUAGGUUGCUCGACAGCAUGUGGCGCACAGCUGGUGCUUCUGUUGUCCCAGCUGCACAUUUCAGUGCCUUUCUGAGACGCUUAUUUAUUAGAGAUUUUCAGAAAUGUCCUAUCAGAUGACAGAUGAUCAUGAGCUGCGGUUAAUGUCAGUAUUCUCUCGAUUCAUAUUGAAGCUAUUACGACAACCAUUUGCUGACACCUUACAUGUCAGCUCACUUUAACCUAAAAGUAUUUUAUAGAACAAAGGCCAUCUCCUUCAACUAGCAUCACUGGAGAUUAGUUAGAAGCACUCAUCUCUUAAUGAAUGUGAAAUAUCUGCAUUUAAUUUAUAUUUCUAAACAUCUAUACAGUAAAGUGAUGUGAAAAGAUUUUUUAAUACAUAAAAUGUAGGUCCAGUUAUUAUGUGCUGUCAUACAGAAGGCCCUUUAACACAUUUCUCCUUUACUUACAAGUCCCAGUUUGCUAUUUUGAAUGGGAGAAUAGCCAAGACUCAAUGAAGAAGACACCAGCAGUAGUUUUUCGUGAACUCUGGUCAGCACCUUAGAUUGCAAAUGUAGCGUCUUUUAAUUUUUUUUACCUAUCAAACAGAUGUGUCAGGUCAGUUAGACCUGUCAUGUAAAAUUUUUGUUCAGUUUGUAGAAUAGUGUAUUAUAGAGUAAAAACAGUAUUAUAAAUGUAAUUUAAAGCUUUGAAAGGAAUCACUUUUGCAAGUUAAGGUUUGGUAUAAAUGCUGGUUCUGUGCUCUGGACUUUGCUUCGACAUCAUUGCACUUCACAACUCUGCAAGGCUUCAAGUGCAGCCACAAUGUUACUAUUUCAAUUAAAAAGCUUGUGAAAAUGAGUCGGUCUUUCAAUUGUGUUCUCAUUGUUUAGAAAGGACAAAAACAUGCAAAGAGAAGUCACAAACUGAAGUCAUGUUUAUUUUUAGUCCACACAACCCAUGUGUCAAGUAGCACAUGAGGUCAAGUUGAUCAAUGACUUGAGGGCUCUGGACCUAAUGUGACAAUUUUACUUUGAAUAAACUGCAGAGACAGUACAAAGGACAGGACAGCUAACUAGCAAGGUAAGAAGGAUGGGAGGAAAUACAAUGGAGCAUCAAGGGAUUUAAAAACAAAAACAAGCUGAAACGCUGUCAGCAAAUCCAGUGCAACCCAACACGUUCUGCUAUCUGAAAAUUUAAAGAGAAAAUAAAAACAAGGGCACGGGCUAAAAAUGAUCAAAUUUGUAACUCCAGAUCAUAAUUGAAAUUAACAUACAUUUUCCCUGAACAAUUACUUUUGCACAGUACCUCAGAAUUGUAUAAAUUACAAAAUGGAAUAUUCCCUUUCCACCAGACGUGAUUUACUUGGUAAAACCCCUGAAUGAGUGAAAGGCAGAAAAGCACUUUAACAUUUUAUAUUGCUACAUUUUAUUUAAAAUAAUAAAAACAACAAAGCUCAUGUUUGCAUAUCCUCUUAGGUGUGGGGUUUUCAAACCAAUAGUCGCAUUUUGUCAGAAAUAGCACCAAACACGAAAAGGCUCCAACAGUCUGCUGGCAGCUUUUAGAAAGUCAAGUGAUUGGCCUUAGAAAAGGGCAAAGUCGUAAACAAGUCUAAAUGGAGGGCAGACAAUUUGUGUCUCUGCUAAGAUUUCAUCUUGUGGAAUAGAUCCAUGUUGACUAGAAAGGAUUAAAAAGAAGACUAGGUCUUCGACGCAUGCUCCCGUUUAAAAAUAGAUCCUUAAGCAGUGUGUACAAAGCUCAUAUAAAACGGUGUAUAUAGCCUGUGAGGGGAGGGGGAAUACUUCUUUCGACACGUAGCACCCAGCUGGCUUGUUUGGUCUAAAAAGAGCAAAAUGUGUGCAGCACUAAAACAAACAAACAAACAAACA